CGAGUCAGCACGUCCAGUCCUCUGCCUCCGGCCGGCAGCUCCCACUCGCUCCUCCGCGUGUCGGCCUAAUCUGGCUGGUGAGCCGCUGAGUGGAUUCAUCGGCUCUGGACUCCUCUCAGCAGUGCUGGCAACUGCCCCUGCCGCCGAGUGGCAGGAACUACUGCAACCUAGGCCUGCUGGCUGGCCACCAAGCACUCUUGCCCGCCAAUGUGGCCCAGCCUCCAGAGAGUCAGGCCCACAGAGCACGCCCAUGUGGGCCGGCGGUGUUGGGAGCCCUCGGAGGGGCAUGGGUCCCGCACCCACCGAUGACCUCUUUGCCCGAAAGUUGCGCCAGCCAGCCCGGCCCCCACUGACACCACACACCUUUGAUCCAAGGCCAGCCCGGGGUCUGCUCCUGCGCAGUGGUAGCGAUGCAGGCGAGACCCGCCCCCAGACACCAUCUAGCCCCCGGGCCCGGGCUCACAGCCAUGAGGAAGCCAGCCGUCCUGCUGGGACUCCUACCCGGAUCUUCACUGACCCACUGGUAUUGCUCGGGUUGCCAGCUGAGGAGCCAGAGCCCACCUUCCCUCCAGUGCUGGAGCCCCGAUGGUUUGCUCAUUAUGAUGUACAAAGCUUGCUCUUUGACUGGGCCCCACGACCACGGGGACCAGGGGGCCAUGUAGAGGCCAGUUCUGGGACCCUGCCCUCAGCCGAGGACCCACUCAUCAGCUCGGACUUGCUGCUUGGGGCACCAGGCUUUGUGAGUGAGCUUGGGGGUGAGGGAGAGCUAGGCCUGGGUGGACCAGUGUCCCCACCUGUGCCGCCUGCACUGCCAAAUGCGGCUGUGUCCGUCUUGGAAGAACCACAGAACCGGACUUCAGCCUAUAGCCUGGAGCAUGCGGACCUGGGUGCUGGCUACUAUCGCAAGUACUUCUACGGUAAAGAACACCAGAAUUUCUUCGGGCUGGACGAGGUGCUGGGCCCAGUGGCAGUGAGCCUGCGACGGGAAGAGAAGGAGGGCAGCGGAGGGGGUACCGUACACAGCUACCGUGUCAUUGUGCGGACCACACAGCUUCGAACCCUCCGUGGCACCAUCUCAGAGGAUGCACUUCCACCUGGACCCCCAAGGGGUCUAUCCCCGAAGAAGCUUCUGGAGCACGUGGCACCGAGGCUGAGUCCUACCUGCUUGCGCCUGGGCUCAGCUUCCCCCAAGGUGCCACGCACCCUGCUUACACUGGACGAGCAAGUGCUAAGCUUCCAGCGAAAGGUGGGCAUUCUGUACUGCCGGGCAGGCCAAGCCUCCGAGGAGGAGAUGUACAACAAUGAAGAGGCAGGGGCAGCAUUCAUGCAGUUUCUCACCUUGCUGGGCGACGUGGUGCGACUUAAAGGCUUUGACAGUUACCGGGCUCAGCUGGACACCAAAACGGAUUCCACAGGCACGCACUCCCUCUACACCACCUACCAGGACCACGAGAUCAUGUUCCAUGUGUCCACGAUGCUGCCUUACACCCCCAAUAAUCAGCAGCAGCUCCUAAGGAAGCGCCACAUCGGCAACGACAUUGUGACCAUCGUGUUCCAGGAGCCAGGCAGCAAGCCCUUCUGCCCCACCACUAUUCGCUCGCACUUCCAGCACGUGUUCUUGGUGGUGCGCGCGCAUGCGCCCUGCACGCCGCACACCUCGUACAGGGUGGCAGUCAGCCGCACCCAGGACACUCCGGCCUUCGGACCAGCUCUGCCCCCUGGCGGAGGCCCCUUCGCAGCGAACGCUGACUUUCGGGCCUUCCUGCUGGCCAAGGCACUCAACGGUGAGCAGGCGGCCGGUCACGCACGCCAGUUCCACGCCAUGGCCACGCGCACGCGCCAGCAGUAUUUGCAAGACCUGGCCACUAACGAAGUGACCACUACAUCGCUUGACUCGGCUUCGCGCUUCGGCCUGCCGUCCCUGGGCGGCAGGCGCCGGACGACCCCUCGGGGCUCGGGCGCAGAGCUGCAGGCUGCGGGCGCACUCAUGUGGGGCGUGCGCGCAGCUCCGGGAGCGCGGGUCGCGGCCGGGGGGGAAGCGAGCGGCCCCGACGGGGCGGAGGUGCCCUGCCUAUUGGGCAUCUCCGCGGAGACGCUGGUGCUGGUGGCGCCGCGCGACGGCCGCGUCGUCUUCAACUGUGCCUGUCGCGACGUGCUGGCUUGGACCUUCUCGGAACAGCAGCUCGACCUGUACCACGGCCGCGGAGAGGCGAUCACACUGCGGCUGGACGGGGCCCCCGGGCAAGCCGUGGGCGAGGUCGUGGCGCGCCUGCAGCUGGUGAGCCGGGGCUGCGAGACCCGCGAGCUAGCGCUGCCCCGCGACGGCCAAGGUCGCCUGGGCUUCGAGGUGGAUGCGGAAGGCUUUAUCACCCACGUGGAGCGUUUCACGUUUGCCGAGACCACGGGGCUUCGGCCCGGGGCGCGCCUGCUGCGCGUGUGCGGCCGGACUCUGCCCAGCUUGGGUCCGGAUGCUGCUGCCCAGCUGCUACGCUCGGCGCCCAAGGUCUGCGUCACCGUCCUGCCCCCAGAUGAGAGCGGCCGGCCCCGCAGGAGCUUUUCGGAGCUGUACACGCUGUCUCUGCAGGAGCCUAGCCGGAGGGGGACCCUAGAGCCCAUGCAAGAUGAAAUCCUGGAAGUGGUCCAGCUCCCCACAAAGCAGCUGCUGCGUUUCUGCCUGAAAGAUGACAGUGGCCCUUCAGGGCCCAGGGAAUUGACAGAGGAGAGGACGGAGUUCCUACACAGCCAGAAUUCACAGUCACCCCGCAGCUCCCUGUCGGAUGAGGCCCCAGUCCUGCCCAACACCACACCAGACCUCCUUCUUGCCACCACAACCAACCCAUCAACACCUGGUACUGGCAGGGAAACACCUCCCUCACAGGACCAACCAGGCAGCUCCAUUGACCAUGAGGAGAAGGGUGACCCAGUCCCAGAGUUGAGGGCCUCCUUCUUGCCACGAACUUUGUCUCUGCGGAACUCCAUCAGUAAGAUCAUGUCGGAGGCUGGCAGUGAGACCCUGGAGGAUGAAUGGCAGUCCAUCUCGGAGAUCGCCUCCACUUGUAACACCAUUCUGGAGUCACUGUCCCGGGAAGGACAGCCCAUUCCAGACAGCGGAGACCCCAAGGGACCUCCAAAGUGUGACACUGAGCCAGAACCUGGGAGUCUAUCAGAGAAGGUCUCACACCUAGAGUCCAUGCUUAGGAAGCUACAAGAGGACCUGCAGAAGGAGAAGGCAGACAGGGCGGCCCUGGAGGAGGAGGUGCGGAGCCUCAGACACAACAACCAGAGGCUGCUGGCCGAAUCAGAGAAUGCUGCCACCCGGCUGCUCAUGGCCUCCAAGCAGCUGGGCUCACCCACCACUGACCUGGCCUGAGGCUGUCCCAUUGAACCCCAGCCUGACUCUGGACCUACUUGGAAUUGCCAGGGCCUUCAGGACCCCUGGAUCACACCAGUGACCCUCCUCAGGACUUCUUCAAUGCGCUGAGGCGCGUCUUAGCACUGUCCCCAGUCCCCAGCCCAUUUAGUGGCAAAGGUGCACCUACCUGUCCCUGUUUGUAAAUAUUCUGUAGAGAAAAGGGAACAUCAGGGAGUAAAGAAGCCACUCUGUGUCCGUGUGUA